GGUUGAGCCUCAUGUCGACCAAGAAGCGCCAUGGCGAUCGGGCGGUCCACAAGAAGUCAAAGGACUGUGCCACGAUUCGCGUGGAGUACGACAAAGUGGCCUAUACUACAGCAUACAAGCAGAUAGCGACGACGGUAAAGCAUGACUUUCCCAACGUUCAGUGCAGCGGCAAAGCAUACCCCCUACGCGGCAAAAAGCAGCAAUGGAUCUACUUUCUCUACAUCGUCCAAUUCACAUUGGCGAUUUUAGUCACGUUCGCCGAAGACUUGGUGAAGCGAUACAAUAUUCCCGUCGAGGAACGUUGGCUCGAGGCCCUGCGCAAGAACCGAUAUUACCUUAUCCCUGGCAUCAUCAUGCUGUCACCUGUUCGCCAACUGCUUGCUAACUCGGGCGCGUUUGAAGUUUACUUGAACGGUAGCGCACUCCAGUCGCUCAUCGCACCCUUGUGUUGUCUCAUGCUCGAUCGUAGAUGCACUGGUGUACUCGGCGUUGGAAACGAGGGUGCCUUUAACCGCUGAGAAGCUGCAUGAACUGCUCCAUGCCAAAGGGAUUAAUCCAUCGCCGACUAAAUAGAACGACCACGUCGUGCGUGGUAUAAAAAAUCCUUACAAAUCUCGUCGACUCGUCAGUUCUCGUUUGGCCGCGUCGCCGCACUGAAGUCCGAGGUCGAUGCACUUGCGUAAAAUUUCAAACCGACUUCGUCCUUGAAGCUGCCGCGUGAGGCUCUCGAUGGAAUCGCUUUGUUUCUGUCGCAGGAUGCAUUCUUCAGCGUAGGUGAAGGGGCUCACUGCCAUGGCCCCCGAAGCUGUGGCCGCCAUCGCCACCACCACGUGUAUCCAUUGACGCGCCAUAUCUUGCCGAUGGAGGAAAA